UAUAAAACACACACACACAGUUGCUUUUGCAGUCUUUUCCUGCAUAUCUCCAAUCUCAAGCAUAAGCUUUUAAUGUGUAUGCAUAUAUUUUAUAUCUUACUUUACAGAUAAUGCAAUGUUAUCGCCUCCAUUUUGUAUAGGAUUCAUUCAUCUGGAUCACAGCCUCUCACAUUCAAGUAGCAGUUGAAGAGUGAUUGAGAAUGAAAGGAGGAUUGAUUUUUUGUUGAUCGUUUAUGGCCUUGUUUUACCAGAUUCAUUCAUUUUUGUAUAAUACCUUAGCUUGGGAAGGAGCAAAGAUGUCGAGUCAUUGGUGUUAUAAUUGCCAGGAACCUGUUUCUCUCACUGGCCCCAAUCUGGUUUGUGCCAACUGUGAAAGAGGCUUCGUUCAAGAGCUCGAUGAUGCAAUUAGUACGAACACCUCUAGGCCGGGGUAUAUGGAAGCCCUCUCGAAUUUCCUCAGGCAGCAAAGGUCGGAGGCGAUUGAUGGCAAUUCACUUCUCGUGUUUAGUGGAGACACGCCGGUUAGAAUGCCUGGCAUUUUGGAGUUUCUCAAUGAGACUCUUGGUUUCAGACGGGAAACCGGGGGUGACUAUAUUGUAGGACCGGGAGUCGAGGAGUUUCUCCAACAUGUGACGCAGAGUGAUCAACGCGUGCCUCCCCCGGCCUCAAGAUCCUCCAUUGAUGCCUUACCAACCAUCAAGAUUUUGAAGAAGCAUGUUCGUGCUGACUCGACCUGUGCUGUUUGCAGAGAAGAUUUCCAACUGGGAUCCCCGGUGAGGAAGUUACCGUGCAAGCAUUUGUACCACUCGGAUUGUAUAGUGCCAUGGUUAGAGCAACGAGCUUCGUGUCCAGUCUGUCGCCAGGAGCUGAUCACUCAGCAACUAGGCAACAACGACUGCAAUAGUCACAACUUGUGGGGCCAAAUCCGAAGAAGCAGAAGGUGGAGCAGGAGAUGGAGUCGGAGAGAGGAAACACCAGCAGCAGCAGCAGCAGCAGAAGCAGAGAGUCAGGGAACGCGAAGGAGGAGGAGGUGGUCUUUCUUGUGGCCUUUUCGUUCAUCUCGGUCCAAUUCUAACCGUGGUGAGACAGUCGAACCAAUCCCAGUUCCAUACUAUGAACAUAACCAGCAUGAAGACUACUCGUACUGGCCUUUUGAAUAUUGAUCUUUAUCAAUAACAAAACAACAAAUCCUGCUGUCCCUUGUGAUCCUAGUAUUCAUCAUCCAUGUGAUAGAAUAAAUGUGUGGACAUGUUCAAUCUUCAUCAUUGUUAUUUAUUCAUCUGCAUAUUGCCUUUUUGCAUUA